CAACAAGCAAACUGAAGAGCUUUCACUCAUCGAUUCUCUCAACUACAUCUUGGUAUAGGUAUUUCGGUACCGACGACUACAUGUGAUGGAAUGAGGUCUAUCAUAAGCCACCGUCCGACAUGGCGCCAACGGUUCUCAACCGCUCCACUCAUUAACACCAUCUCCUAUAAACGCCUAUUCAACCACCACCACCAUAGACGCCCCUUCUCAGACUCAACUCGCCCUUUAAUAUACCCCGACGCCAUAAAUAGCGAGCACAAUGACCUAGCAUCAUACGCCGCCUACGCCGCCCGCACGGGCCUAGACGUCAAGUCCAAGACGUACGUCGGCACGCGGUACGAGUAUACCGUAGCCGACUCGCUCGGCACCCUCGGGUUCGACCUGAAGCGCGUGGGCGGGCGCUCCGACUGCGGCAUCGACUUACUAGGCACGUGGCAUGUGCCCUCCUCUCCAGACCAUGCCCUACGUGUCCUCGUGCAAUGCAAGGCCUCCGUAGCGCAGAGCACAAAAAUCGGCCCGCAUCACAUACGCGAGCUCGAAGGUACAUUCGCGGGUGCGCCUCCUGGAUGGCGCAGCGGCCCCGGCCUUCUGGCUUUCCUGGUCUCCCAGAAGCCGGCUACCCAGGGCGUCCGCGACGCGAUGGCUACUAGUAGCUGGCCUAUGGGUUAUGCCUUGUGCUCGCAGGACGGCGGGCUAGAGCAGAUGUUGUGGAAUAGCAGGGCCGAGGAGGAAGGACUAGAAUCAAUGGGUGUCGCUGUCAGGUUCUCUAACGACACUUCCAAAGAGGCUGGGAAACGGCUGACUUUAACCUGGAGGGGCAAGCCAUAUCUUGCCGGACCAGUCUUCAGCAAGUGAAUCAGCCCAGGCCAUUAGAUGUAUAUCACAACUGAAACAAGUGUUCGUCAGGAAUAAAAGGGAGCAAAAUAACACUAUUCAACUGCACAAACUUAGGAUAUUACAAUAUCCCAUGUAUAUAGAUCCCCACCAUCCGACCAUAAAACAGCCUACUAGCUAGAGAUAUGUACAAAGAACUCGCGAGAAUUGAAGACAAUACUGCUUA